AUGUCUAUCACUCGAUUGAAUACAGCUCAGGCAGAUACCCGCCAAGUUCUGUUCCAUCCUAUUUCAGCUACUGAGUAUCGUGUCGUGCAUCUUCUUCCCGGGAUAUUCCUUGAUGAGAUACAAUGCGUGCUUGAAACACGAUCGACCAGGGUCCAAACUCACUACGAGGCACUUUCCUACCAGUGGGGCGACAAGUCAAGCACAAAACCAGUUCGUAUCGCACCUUUCGACCCUUCAUCCCAUCCGACGUCGGGAAUAUUAGCUGGGCCUUUACCGAAAGGUGUCGCCGAGCCUGUCCUACAGAAGUCUGGAGUCAUAUAUACGGCAACAAAACCCUAUGUUACCCUCUUAUGGACCCUCGCUUGGUCUGUCCAAGCUGUACUCAUUUGGCGGCUUCUCUUAUCUCUCCCCGCCGAACCACCAAAUUGGGUACCAGUGACCAUUUCUCGACAUGUGUGGGUCGCUCUAUUAUCAAUGUUAUCCGGAAUGGGAGUUCUUAAUCUCCUCACAAAGGGAUGGAGGCUCUCGGUGGAGGUUAUAGAAACGAAGCCCCGGGUCUUGGUAUCUAGGUUCAUGACCAGUCAUUUCGAGCACCAGACAAGGAAAGACAUUUUCAACUUCGAGACACUGCAAGUGACAACCAACCUGGAACUUGCAUUGCGAUACCUCCGACAAGAAAAGUGUGUCCGAACACUGUGGGUUGAUGCCUUGUGUAUUAAUCAGGACAACGAGGAGGAAAAGACUGCGCAGAUCCAGCACAUGGACUGGUUAUAUGCCAAUUCUUCACCAGUCGUGGUAUGGCUCGGCGGUCACCAUGACCCCGAGAAGGAAUACAUAUGCGCCAAGUCAUCGUUGCAGGACAACUUUGACUGUGAACACCGACGUCAGAUCCAAGCAGCCUUCAAUUAUAUCCAGGCUCUGGGCGGGUGGCGACUUUUAUUUGGCUGGUGUCUCCGUCGCGAGGAUGAUGAACGCUUUCCAGAAUGGCUUUCGGGUUUGUGCGAAGUCGUCAGAAGACGCUGUUGUAACGGUCGCGAGGAUGAUGAACGCUCUCCAGAAUGGCUUUCGGGUUUGCGCGAAGUCGCCAGAAGAGGCUGGUGGGAGAGAUUAUGGGUGAUCCAAGAAGUAGCCCUGGCAACUGGGCGCGUUCAGUUGCAAUGUGGUCGCAGCACAUGCGACAUUGAGGACUUCGAGGUUGUUCAUCAUUUGAUAAGAGAGGAAUGCAGCGAGGACAAAGCUCUCCAAGAAGAUUUUCGACUUAGCCAACGAAUUUUGGCUACAAUUAAGGACUUUCGCUAUUCAUCUUUCCAGGACCGGGGGACUUUUCUUGCUGGGGCAUUAGGCACGAUUAGAAGGAAAAGCACCGAUGUACCUCAGUUCCACGAGCAGCCUUUUCCCCAAAGACUUCAUCGCAUCUUGCUCAGAACCUCUGGCCAUUUCAAAUCCGGUGACGAUCGGGAUAGACUAUUCGCCGUGCUAGGCAUUGCAGGGGGUGCCACAACUGUCAGCGCCAGCAGGAUGGCUAAAUUGGUGGAAACCAUCAGCAAUCCUGCAACUUACCUGGCUAUCUUAGCGCAGAAGAAUUCCUUGAGUACGUCUACUAUCUCCGCCAAAAUAAACCACAUCCGCCUUUCCUGUCUGUGCUCUUCUUGGGGAAGAGACUAUGAUGUCUGGGCUAGGCAUUGGGCCAUUCCCCGACCUAUCUACCAUGUGGCUGGUUAUGGAAAGGUCAUUGAUGCCGUAGCAGGUAACGCGGGAAAACAACUCUCUCGGGCAGAUUUCUUUACUGCGAUAGCGGGAUAUCUUGCCAAAGAAACAGGGAGUCUAUCCUUCCUCGACGUUGCGAAUUGCGGAGACGAUAAAGAUGCGACGAUGCCGUCCUGGGUACCGAACUGGUCCAGGAAGGUCAAUGAAAGGGCGUAUGACUUUGCUAGUCGCGUGAAAAACGAACCGGCUACAACGAAUUUCGAGUUCACGGAGGGUGGUAAAACGCUUCAUCUUACCGGGAAAUCCAUCGGUAGAGUGAAUACCAUUUCUUCGACAGAUCUGGACAUGCUGGAAUCAUCGCCGUGGCAAGGUAACUUUGUGAAAAGGCUCGUUCUUCCGGACCACACUAAGAGAGAUGUAGCGCAGUAUCUGGAAACAAUCAGCACCAUGUUGAGCGAGAUUUCCUUCUCUAUGCUCAACGAUACUGAGAACGAGUUGAUCUCGGCCACCUCCGGCUUGAUCAAAAUCCGCUUUGAUAUUGGGUUUCACCUGGUCAGGAAGAGCAACAAAACGAUGGUAUAUAGCGACGACGGUUCAUUUCGAAAGGUAGGUUUCUUGAGAGUAGGCGAUGCAGCGAAGGGAGACCGACUUGUUUUUGUUCCCGGAUGCUUCCACCACUUGCUAUUAAGAAGAUCGGGGCGGACGGCGGAGAAUUCUAUUCGGUGGAAGCUUGUUGGGUUGGUAGAGAUGGGCGCAAUGCCAUUACGCGCAGGACGCCCCUAUGCAACACAUUUGACACAAUGGGCAAGGGAAAUGGCCUUGGAGAAUUACGCAAUUGAAUAG